AUGAUCACAGCCGUAACAGGUACAAACACUUUCGAGGUCAAGCUAGUCACUAAGAAGGAUAGUUCAACGCCUGUCAAUGAGGUCUUGCCAAUGUCUUUUAAAAACAUUGCGUGGCCAUCCGAUCGGGAUAAGAAAUUCGGCAAGCCUACGUCUUGGGUCGGAACAAUUAAGCCUGACAGCUGGCCAAAGCCGGCUUACGAAUACAGUCCGGAUGCCUAUCGUGGCUUCUCCCAGCUACUUGUCUGGAUGCGCAUUGCUGCUCUACCCAACUUCCGCAAGAAUUACGCCGACGUCCCGGCCGAAGGGGUGUUCAGUGAGGGACUGCCCGCCGGCAAUUACACUUUGAGGGUAAACUAUUGUAAGUGGAAAUUCGGUAAUUGUUAA